GUGCUGCCGCCCGUCAUCCCGCGGCUCACCGUCACCACCGAGGAGAGCGAGGAGGCGCAGGGCAGCCCCCAGGCGCCCCCGCCGCACCCCGAGGGCGGCUGGCUGAGGACGGACAGCUCGCUGCACCUGCAGUCCCGCAGGCUUUCCACCUCCUCCCUCUCCUCCACGGGCUCCUCGUCCCUCCUGGAGGACUCGGAGGACGACGUGCUGAGCGACACGGAGGGCAGGAGCCAGGGCAUCGUGCACCUGGAGCACGGCGAGGACAGCAACCAGAAAAAGGCAUGGCAUACAAUUAAAACCAUGGUUAACUUACCAGUUAUCAGCCCCUUCAAGAAACGCUACUCAUGGGUGCAGUUGGCUGGGCAUACAGGGAGUUUCAAGGCAGCUGAUAGCGGGAAGAUUCUCAAACGCUUCUCAGAGAAUGAAAAGGAGUGUUUUGAGCGAUUGAUGAAAGACCCGCUACGCUCCUGUGUCCCUUGCUUCCAUGGUGUGGUGGAGAGAGAUGGCGAGAGCUACAUUCAGCUGGAUGACUUGCUUACUGAUUUUGAAGGGCCUUGUGUGAUGGACUGCAAGAUGGGGAUAAGGACAUACCUGGAGGAAGAGUUGACUAAGGCCCGUGAGAAACCAAAGCUGCGUAAGGACAUGUACAAGAAAAUGAUUGAAGUGGAUCCUCUUGCUCCCACAGCUGAAGAGAAUGCCCAGCAUGCUGUCACCAAACCCCGAUACAUGCAGUGGAGGGAAACCAUCAGCUCUAGUGCCAACCUGGGCUUCAGGAUUGAAGGGAUUAAGAAGGCGGAUGGAACAUGUAACACAAACUUCAAAACUACAAAGACACAGGAGCAAGUUCUACAGGUUUUUGUGGAAUUUAUUGAGGGCAACACAACUAUUCUGAAAAAAUACCUCAAGCGUCUGCAGGAAAUUCAUAUAAUUCUUGAAUCCUCAGACUUCUUCAAGCGACAUGAGGUCGUUGGGAGUUCACUACUUUUUGUACAUGAUGGCAGUGGGAAUGCCAAUGUGUGGCUGAUCGAUUUUGGAAAGACCACCCUUCUCCCUGAUGGGCAGACACUGGAUCACAGGAUCCCCUGGCAAGAAGGCAACAGGGAGGAUGGGUACUUGUUGGGAUUGGACAAUUUGAUUGGCAUCUUGGAAAGCAUCACUGAAAGAUGAGUUGAGAAUGGCACGAAACUUGCAGGGCUGCUCUGUGAUGUUCUGCUCUACUGGGAUCACUCAGAAGGAAACCUUUAACUCCCUCCAAACUUGUGAGGUCAUCAGUCCGGAGGGAGCUGCAUCCAGAACCCAGCAGUUAGUCAUCAGAAUGACUUUGCAUUGGCCCUCUAUGAACCUAAAUAACUCCAGAUUGGUCUGUACUGCACCAGCCUGACUUUGGGCUGGUCCUCAGAGAAUGAAGAUCUCCAUACUCAGGAAUCACACCAGCGUGAGUCAAGAGAUCUGUGUGGUAAACCAGAAUGAUUCUCAUUUCUGGCAAGCAGAUGGGACUCCAGAUUACCUCUUAGUGAACCAGAGCAAGUGUGUGGGGAUUCAGGGUAGAAAGAACAAUUUUUCAGGGAACUGCACAGUCUUGAAACCAGCAAGACAGGUUCCACCCCACCCCCCCCAAUUCCAAGUCUUUUUGCUCCUGUGUACACUAUAGAUUGGACCAACAACUUCUGCUGCGUUGUGGUACAGUGUGCACAAGGUGGAAAUGGGUGAUAAUCACAAGAAACCUGGAGCGAAGGGAGACAGCAGUUUGUAGUGGCUGGAUGUGGUAACUGCUGUUGACCAUUCCUCCUCUUCUCUACCCUAGCCUCGAUUCGUUUCUAUCCAAGAACAGCCUUCUAUCCAAGAAUGUAGCCUCUCAGGAGAUUACAAAUACUCUAGGGAGAGAAUAGCAGCUUAUUGUCUCCAAAAACAUUUGGCUUUCAGACUGGGUGGGCUGUUGGAAAAGUGCCUAGCCUGGCAAGUUUGGCCUCUUGCAGCUGAACUGCAGUUCUGAAAAUCAGUAAUGACUCUUUCACACACAGACCAGGGAACUAAGGGUUUUUUCCAAGGCUUGUUUAUUUUUAAAGAUAAAACUCCUACACAUGUGCACACACAUGCCCACACUAGUAGCCAGCAACCAAUGUCAUCUCUUAAGAUCAUGGUUUGACUGUCUCCUAAUGCAUGUGACCUCUUGGCCAUGUUCCUGUUCCCAAAUAUGAUUCUGCCACUUCAGUCCAUCGACUGGCACAGCGACUGGGGAGGUAAUGUUUCUGCGUUCACAGCAUUACACUAACGAUGAGGCAAUUCCCAGGCAUCUUUCCUCCAAGGUAUCAGCUGUUAACUCAGGGCAGUUUGGGGGAAGGCAUGUCCAUAGAUGGCAUCCCCUAGUCCCCAUCUGGAAUCACAGGGCACUCUGUGGUUCAUUCUUCUCUUGCUGUGGCCCAGGCACAGCCACAGAAAUUUCACAGUGUUUAGGUUAAAAAUCAAGAAAGACUGAAGUGGUUUCUUGUAAUGGCUUCACAUUCCUUUGCUGUUGGCUGCAUGUAGUCACUGGAACAGUUCUUUAAAUACUAGCAGUAUAAAUACUAUCAGUAUUCACAUGUUCACUUACAUUCCAGGUUUUAACAUUAAUAACGUGAUGAUGCAGUUUUCAAAAUGAAUACAAGACUGAUGUUACUAUUUGGUUGUUAAUCCCCUUUCAACAGCUGAAGCUGGUGAUGCACACUGAUCAGAAAUUGCUGUCUUUUGCCAGUGUCCUGUGUUCAGAAGAGAUUCUGAGAACUGUAGGGUAUUUGAGAGUGACUCCAUGUUUUUGGAAACUGCUAUUUCGAUAAUGAUCAAGAUUAUGAGCAAAAAAAGACUGUUCUGGACCAAAAUUUAUCUAUAACAUUUGUAAUUAGAAUUGAACAGCCUAAAAGAAUUCCUAAAAGGAGUUAUGUUAGAUAACACACUACUGCACUAAGAGAAAGUCAGAUUUAAUAACUUUUUCAUCAUCGCUAAACAAAACAGCAGUAUUAAAAACUCAAGCUCACUUGUGAUCUAAAAGGUAGGCGGCAUAGAGUGGGUAUUCUGUACGAAGUAAUGACAUGUGGAAACAUUUCAUCCUAAACCAGAAGUUGCUUGGUAAUUAUUUUUGCAGUUCAUUGCAAAGUCAGACUUCUUCUGUGGCCUCCUGGAGUCCCUUGCAAUUUUACUUUCAUGAUGGUAUGUUACUGAAUUUUCCACUUGGAUCUUUCAGAGGGUUUACAGGGUUGUGUUGUUAUUUUUUUUUUUUUCUAAGUGACAGCGAACCUUCAAUAGAGCGCACAGAUAUCAUCAUUCCAGAUGCUUCCUAACUGUUGAACUGCUAUGAGAUGAUAAAUUAAUCUGUGGUGAAUUUCAUACAAUUUAAAAAAAAAAACCCCAUGAACUUCCUCCUUUCCUGCAACCAACAGGUAAGCCAGUGGUGAGCAGCAGUUAAGGAGAACAGAGGAGGACUUUAAUAACAAUACCUUUUCCAGGAGACUGCAAUUGCAAGCAGUCCUACCAUAAUAACAA